CUUUUUCUCAAGGCCGCCGCCGCAUCGCAGAGGCGGCACAGCGGUCGGCCUUUCUGGAAUCGAAGAAGGGUCGGAAUUGAAGUCGAACCGCUAUGCAUUCCGUCGCCAGCCGCUGUUCGCUGAGGUCUUUCCGUUCUUUCUCUAACAGUUUCACUAAAUUUCACACCACCCCCGCUGCCAUGGCUCAGGUUGGGGACCAAGUUCCUGAUGUUGUCUUGUUUGAAGAUACUCCAGCUGGAAAAGUUAAUAUGAAGGAGUUGUGCGCAAACAAAAAAGUUGUCGUUUUUGCCGUCCCCGGAGCAUUUACACCCGGAUGCUCAAAGACUCAUCUCCCUGGUUAUGUAAAAGACGCUGAAGCAUUGAAAUCAAAAGGAGUUGGAGAAGUAGUUUGUGUUUCAGUUAACGAUCCAUUCGUUAUGGCUGCUUGGGGCUUAGAGCAUAAAGCUAAAGGAAAGGUCAGGCUCUUGGCUGACCCUGCUGCGGCAUUCACGAAGGCGAUGGGCCUGGAGAUCAAUUUGCCACCGCUCGGAGGGCUCAGAUCCAAACGGUAUUCCAUGGUUGUCGAUGACGGGACCAUCAAGGCGCUCAACGUCGAACCAGAUGGAACAGGGUUGACCUGCUCUUUAUCAAAUAACCUUACUCUAGUUUGAAUCACACUAGUCUGGGAGAAAUUUUUAACGAGGGAAAUAAAUUGUUAUUGUAGAAAAGAAAUAAGAAUAAAACAGAUAUUCACUCCUUGUUAGUCAAUAAAAAGUAUAUUUUUUUAAUAUCCAAAGGUCUAAAAAUGUUCUGAUCCAUCUAAAUACUUCUGAAUAAGCUUUGACAUAUCUCAUUAUUAAAUUAAAUUGUGGUUAGUAUUAGUAGCACAAAAGGUGAAGAAUAAAUUUGCUUUUUAUCCUGA